UCAAAGCCAAGAGUUCAUUUAUUUGCUUUCUGCUUCUCAGCAGGGUUCUGCCAUGGGUGACAGGGGAGCAAGCAAUCACUCAGAACUGACUGACUUCAUUCUUUUGGGCUUCAGGGUCCGCCCAGAGCUCCAUAUCUUCCUCUUCCUGCUAAUUCUGCUUGUAUAUGCCAUGGUCCUUCUGGGGAAUAGUGGAAUGAUAACCAUCAUAAUGACCGAUCCCCGGCUGAACACACCAAUGUAUUUCUUCCUAGGCAACCUCUCCUUCAUUGAUCUCUUCUACUCCUCUGUUAUUGCACCCAAGGCUAUGAUCAACUUCUGGUCUGAGAACAAGUCCAUCUCCUUUGCAGGCUGUGUGACCCAGCUCUUCCUCUUUGCCCUCUUCAUUGUGACUGAGGGAUUUCUCCUGGCAGCCAUGGCUUAUGACCGCUUCAUCGCAAUCUGCAACCCUCUCCUCUAUUCUGUUCAGAUGUCUACACAUCUCUGUACGCAGUUGGUGGCUGGUUCUUAUUUUUGUGGUUUCAUCACCUCAGUUCUUCAGACCAGCAUGACAUUUAUUUUAUCUUUUUGUGCUUCUCGGGCCAUUGACCACUUUUACUGUGAUUACCGUCCACUUCAGAGGAUUUCUUGUUCUGAUCUCUACAUUCAUAAGAUAGUUUCUUUUUUCCUAUGCAGCAUUAUCAUUUUGCCUACCAUAAUUGUCAUUAUUGUGUCCUAUAUGUAUAUUGUGUCCACAGUGUUAAAGAUACGCUCCACAGAAGGACGUAAGAAAGCCUUCUCCACUUGCAGCUCUCACCUAGGAGCUGUGAGUGUACUAUACGGUGCCAUCAUUUUUAUGUAUGUCAUCCCUGACAGAUUUCCUGAGCUCAGUAAAGUAGCCUCCUUAUGUUACACCUUAGUCACUCCCAUGUUGAAUCCUCUGAUUUACUCUCUGAGAAACAAAGAUGUCAAAGAAGCUCUGAGAAAGAUCCUGGGGAAAAAAUUAUUUUUAUUUAAUUCUAUUUUAAAAUUUAUGUAA